AUGGACCACUAUCCCCGGUCCACUGACCCUUCCCGCUCUGAUCCGUCGCCGGAAUGGACUGGACCGGACCCCCAAACCGGUCUCGAAGAACCUAUGUGGCAAUUGGGGCUUGGUGCUGGAGAGGAUUCGUAUCCACUACGACCUGAUGAAGCUGAUUGCACUUACUAUUUGAGAACAGGUUUCUGUGGCUUUGGUUCUAGGUGCCGGUUUAAUCAUCCUCGUGACCGUAGCGCGGUUAUUGGAGCUGCUUCUAGGACUGUAGGGGAGUAUCCAGAACGUGCAGGCCAGCCUGUGUGCCAGUAUUAUAUGAGGACAAGAUCUUGCAAAUUCGGUGCGUCUUGCAAGUACCAUCAUCCUAGACAGGCAGGAGGCACUGAUGCUAGUCCUGUGUCACUAAAUUAUUAUGGAUAUCCACUACGUCCGGGUGAAAAGGAGUGUUCCUAUUUUGUGAAAACAGGACAAUGCAAGUUUGGUGCAACUUGUAAAUUUGAUCAUACAGUUCCCGCUGGUGUCCAAAUUCCAGCUUCAUCACCUGUUCCCCCAGUUUCACCUUUACAUGUACAAGUACCAGCCCCAAUAUAUCCAACCGUACAGCCUCCAUCUGGUCCAUCAUCACAACAAAUUGGUGUACUGGUCGCUAGGCCACCUUUACUACCCGGUUCGUUUGUCCAGAGCCCUUAUGGGCAUGUAGUAUUGUCCCCAACCAUGGUUCCCUUUUCUGGCUGGGGUCCUUAUCAGGCUACUGCACCAAGCCCUGUACUUCCUUCUGGUAAUCCUGCUAAUGUUGGUUCCACACAGCUUUAUGGCAUAACCCAGCUACCUUCACCAGGUAAUGCCUAUACCGGACCUUAUCAACCUUCUGCUUCCUCGGUUGGUCCUUCAAGCAGAGGUCAUAAGGAGCAGUCAUUUCCGGCUAGGCCUAAUCAACAAGAGUAUCAUUAUUACUCUAAACCAGAAGAGCUUCCAUUUGGUCCAUCAUAUAGGUAUAACCAACCACCAGACAUGAGUGCACAAAAAGCGAAUGUUGUCCUUGGUCCUGCAGGUCUUCCUUUACGCCCGGGGGCAGCACCUUGUACUCAUUACACACAGCGUGGCAUAUGCAAGUUUGGUCCUACGUGCAAAUUUGAUCAUCCUAUUGCAUCACUGAGUUACAGUCCAUCUGCUUCUUCCCUGGCUGAUGUGUCAGUUGCACCCCACUUUGUGGGUUCCUCUGUUGGUACUCUUGUUCCUUCAUCUUCAUCAGAAUUGCAGCCGGAACUUACCGCAGGAUCCAGCAGAGAGUCUGUCCCAUCCAGAAUAUCUUCAUCAGUGAGCACUACAACUGGAUCAGCUGGCUUGAAUCUGUCAACUGGUGGCCCUGUUUCUCAAUCUAGCACGCAGAGUUCUAGUCCUUUACCAGCUGCCAAUACCACAAGUAGUAAUGUCUCUCACACCUCAAGUUCAGAAAUGUGA